UCCCAUCGCUGCCCUCACCCCACCCCAUACAGUCUCGCUCUCUUGCACGUCUGUCCUCACCGCAACGCCUUCAUCCCGCCUCUCGUUCCUUCGCUGCGCAUCUCCCUUCUCUCGCUGGUCGACCCUUGCACCCUCUCGUGCCCUCCCUCUUCCCUCCCGUCCCCUGGGCGCAGCGCCUAGCUCGCAGCCAUGCCCGCCCUGCCGCUCCUCUCGCCGCUGCAGACGCGCAUCCUCGAGCUCUCUGGCUUUCCUGCGGCGCUCAAGACGCGCGACAUUGCUGCUGUCUUUGCGCCGUACGAUGAGGGCAGCGCCGCGGGCGGCGUGGGCCCGGGCGCCGGCUUCAAGAUCAAGUGGGUCGACGACACGACGGCGCUCAUUGUGUUUGACGAGGCGACCACUGCCAAGCGCGCCUACCUCAACACCAUCAUGUCGCCGCCGCCGUCGCUGAUGAACUCGACUGGCAUCGCCGCCAAGAUUCGGCCAUACGACGGCGACGAUGCGUCUGCGGUCAUCUCGAGCGUGGCGAACCGGCCGCGCGGCCGCUCCAUCGUCAGCGGCAGCGGCGCCGGCGCCGAGCCGGCAUACGGCACGUCGCCGAGCGCCUCGCCGGCGCAGGCGAACUCGUCACCGCGUGCGACCCGCGGCAUGCACGGGCAUUCGGGCUCGGCGUCGGGCUCGGCCGCCUUCUUUGCGCUGGGCCAUCGGCGCACGGGCUCCGGCUCGAACCCGAGCUCGCUGCCCGCCAAGCCGCUGGCCGCGGCGCUCUUCGACGCCGCAAACGGCGGGCCCAGUCCCUCGCACCACCUCGCCAACGCCGUGCGCGCCGAGGAGUCGGCGCACGGGCCCGAGGCGCUGCGCAGCAUUCAAGAGGCGGGCGGUGUGCUGCCGCCGGCCGUGCAGUCUGCAUUGGCACCGAGCCCACUGGCCGCAAAUGAGGCGACGGCGGCGCCGCUGCAGCCGGCAGCGGAGAUUGCUGGUGCGCAGCCCAUCAAGACGGGCGGCGCAGGCAGCGGACGCAUCGGCGAUGCGGGAAAAGUGGGUGCCUAGUCGUGCGCGGGACAUGAGGAUGUGGCCCGCAGGUGAGCAGAUGAGGCGACUGCGAUGACCCAAGGUGCUUGAGAUGGGAGAGGCGGAAGAGAGCUCUGGCUUUCCCACAGUGUGCGCGUGGACUGCCUUUUGGGCCUGCCAGUUGUGCACGCGCCGCAAGCCGCUCGCCCUCUUGCACUCCAGCGUUCGCGUCCUCGUAGCCUGCUGACACGCCGUCUCUGCAGCGUCUCGUCGCCGGAGCGCUGGGCGUGCGCCACCCGAACCUCUCGUCCAGCCGCAGCAGCUCGUCGGGCUCCUCGACGCCGCGCAGCCGCGGCGGCAGUGCCCGCGCCUCGCCGCCGCCGCAGAG